AUGCUGGAAUCAACUAUCCAGCAGCUCGCUGGUGCUGAUGGAUUGUCGAAGCUCAAUGCAUACAGAACACUUGUAGAGGCCCUGAGAGCAUCGAAUAGCCUCCCUGAUCGUAUUGCCUUGCAAGACAGGAUGAGCCUUUUCACACAAUUCAUACAACGCGACAUCACAGCCAAGACAGCCACAGGAUCACCCGAUACGCAGCUGAUCAUCGCUGCCUUGACCCUCCUGAAUACAUUCCUGCAUUUCCCAGGCAUUGCAUCUACACUGCCGAACGAUUUCGGCAUUUUCAUUGUAGAUCAUUGUAUUCGAUCAUUCGAGGAUGGCCAAACUUCCAAGGAAAUUGCACGGCAUUUGAUGCAACUGAUGAGAUCUCAGAACUUUUCUCCCAAGGUCAUGACUUCAGACCGUGUUGGACGCCUGGUCACAUCCCUCAACAAGAUUGAACAGCAUCUGCAGGGCAAGAGCAUUCUGAUGUAUCGCAUCUGCAUCUACCAGAGACUUGUCAAACAAUGCAGGCAGCUGAUGAUUACUCACUCGGACUGGAUGCUUGAUAUGUUUACGGAUAUGCUGAGCACUAUGAAAGAGAUCAGGUCUGCAGCCAUUGGGCUUGGCUUAGAGGCUGCGUUCAUCCUCGGCAGAGAGAAGACAGUGACCAAACGGGUGACUGACAUCCUGAAGUUCACGCGAGGAGAAGAGAAGAAGAAGUACAUCGAUUUCUAUGCCGAAAGACUUACGGAGAUGGCCAAUGAUGACACAGAAAAGCUUGCCGUUCCGCGGAUUUGGAGCGUCGUCAUCCUCUUUCUCGCCGACUCGGAUAAGAAAUGGGAGACUUUCAAGUAA